GGGGAGGGGGCACAAAGCAUUUCCUCUUUCCCAAAUGCAUCACACAGCAGAGCAACGACCGCGACUCUUCGCACAAAUUAGCGAUAAGAUCGGCAGCGGGAUGCCCCAGAAAGCGCAAACCGUCCACACAACAGUGAACAACACCGGGACGUCGCGCAAAUAAGAGGGGGGGAAAAAGUUCAUUUUGGAUUCAGCAGCCAAAGUUUGACGUAAUUCUCCCCCGGACACCAGGAAUAGUCUGGAGUGUCAUCAUGGAAGUAUUUCCUAAGGAAAAACAAGAGAUUCUCUCUCUCUCUGAACUUGAAGGUAAUCUGAGAAUGUGAAAGCUGGGGGAAAAACCUUUUUCAGGCUGUUUUCUCUGAGGUUUUUUCCAGAUGUCCAUCUCCUGAUGCAGAUAGCGGCUGCUUUCUGAAAGAAGCGAAUUUCAUUUCAUCACUUCUGCUGGAGUUUAAACAGCUGGAUCGUCCCAUAGACACAUAAAAACACACAUCCUGUGUCUCCGAGGAGCUUUACUAUUGAUUUUUUAAACCUUCAUGCUGGAUGUAAAGACUCGGCAGCGUUUCGGGGACGUGCAUGGACGCGUAGGAGACGAAAUGAAGAAGCAGUUUUAGUACAGAAGAGUCGGGGGUUAUGAUGGUAAUGUUGUUUGGGUGAAGUCUUCGGAAACUCACAAGGGAAGCCCAAUGAGUGGCACACAGUCAACACUCGCUGACAAGACUCCGAGCAUUCUCAACAGGGAGCCCACAGACUGGAAACCAAAGAAUGAGAAACCCUCUCCUUCCCUCAAAAAUGAGUUCGACCCUACAGGUCUGGUCCAGCGCUGUGUGAUAAUCCAGAGAGAUGAAAAUGGCUUUGGGCUGACAGUAAGUGGAGACAACCCUGUGUUUGUCCAGCUGGUCAAAGAAGAUGGAGCUGCAAUGCGAGCUGGUGUGCAGACAGGAGAUAGGAUCAUUAAGGUUAACGGGACCUUAGUUACACAUUCAAACCACCUAGAAGUUGUAAAGUUGAUAAGAUCGGGCUCCUAUGUAGCCCUGACAGUGCUGGGGAGGCCUCCAGGGCUUCCUCAGAUCCCCCUGGAAGAGGAGAAGGAAGGGAACGAGGAAGGAGGAGACACUCUCUCAGCACCCCACUCACCUGCACUGUCAGGUGGGGAGCAAGGCAGCUUCUUGACCAGCAGCACACCCUGUAGCCCUCAGGACAACACCACAUCCUCCUCUCUGUCUGAUGGGGAAGGAGCCACGGCUUCCUGGAAUGGUGAGAUUGAGGAUGGAGACGGUGGGUCUCCUCUGAAGGAACAGACCUCACCCACACCGUGUGACAAUGGCCCCCUGAUCAAUAACAACUCAGUUCACAGCAGCCCCCUCUCUGACACUGUGGGCUACAGAGGGACUCCCUGUCAGAGCCCAGACAUUAGUCGGAGGGAUGGCCUCAACAUCUGCACAUCGCCAGAGGCUGAGGAUGCCGCUGACACACACCCCAAUACCCAUUACAGUGGUGGUAGCCCUCCUUACCUCGUAAACCCUCAGAUUAUUGGAGCAGAAGACGACUACUUUGAAUCCUCACAAGAACAGAUCAAUGGCGAGUGUACCUGUUUCCAGAGUAUUGAGUCGCUGAAGUCUCGGCCGGCACACCUCGCAGUUUUCCUCCACCAUGUGGUCUCACAGUUUGACCCUGCACCUCUGCUGUGUUACCUCUACGCUGAUAUGUACAAGCAAACCAACUCCAAAGAAAGUCGACGCUUCUUUAUUGAAUUCCACACGCUAUUCAUGGAUCGAACUGCAAAUCUUAAAGUGCCGGUGCCAGAGACCGUUUCUGCUGAGCUAGAGAAGCGAAGGCUGGACUUGAUCCCAGACAGCCUGUGUAAACAGUACAUUCAGACGUUACAGGACGCGCUGUUACCAGACCUGCACAGGAACCUGGAAGACUUCAGACAGAAGCGCAGCAUGGGUCUGACCCUGGCCGAAGACGAGCUUUGUAAGUUGGACUCUGAGCCAGGAAGAGACCAGCAGGCCUUGGAGAAGGAAUGCUCCUGUGCUGAACACAUCCUCUUCAAGAUAGAGGAUAUCCUGUUGACAUCACAGAACUCAGAAGAGGAGAAGUGGCAAACAAUGCAGUAUGUGAUUCUCACCUACAUGAAGCACCUCGGAGUGAAAGUGAAGGAGCAUCGAGGCCUCGAACAUAAACGUGCUCGCAUCACUUUCCCUAGGAUUAAGUUUCCCAACAUCCGCCCCCCUCGGCGUCCGAGCAGAGUGGACCCCACCCCAGUCGUGAAAGCUGUGGACCAGAUCAAGCAGCGACCGCCAAAGCUUCCUCAGUCGCCCCUUGGCAUCUCUGAACCAUCAGACCCGUCCGCCACAAGUCCUGGACGGAUCCGUGAUGGAUCAGAUACCCAAUUUUUGCCUGCCACCACCCUUCCUACGCACAGCUCCCCCACCACUCAGGUCUCAGAAGCAGGCGGACAAGAGUCAGAAUCCAAUGUCUCUCCGUUCUGCAUCCAGCCCAGACCAGGCGACAGUGUGCAGUCUGCUGACAACCACGACGGCGUCUCCGGUCCAACCGGCACUCAGUUCGACUUCAGCCCCACCACAGUGGAGCAGCGGGAUGACGAUCAGGAGGCCUUCAGGAUGGAGGUACAGGGCGACAUCCAGAGUGAAGAUGACCAAGGCGGAGAGGCUGAGUGUGAAGAAGAUCCUCUGAUCUGGCAGGUACUGGUCCCUCGAGGCGUCCUGAUGAGCUUAACGCAACAAGAGAUCAACCGGCAGGAAGUCAUCAAUGAGCUGUUCUACACUGAGCGUGCCCACUUGAGGAUGCUGAAGGUGCUGGACUGUGUUUUCUGCCAGAGGCUGAACAGGGACGGCAUCCUUCCACCAGAAGACAUAAAGCACAUCUUUAUCAACCUGGAGGAAAUCAUUCAGCUUCAUGUCUCUAUAACAGAACAAAUGACUGCAAUCAGGAAGAGGAACGAGACGUCAGUGAUCGGUCAGAUCGGAGAUGAUCUCCUGGGAUGGUUCAGUGGGGAGGAAGAGCAAAAGUUAAAGAGAGCAGUGGCAACCUUCUGCAGUAACCAGCCGUCUGCACUGGAGCUCAUCAAGACGAGGCAGAAGAAAGACCAGAAAUUCAACCUGUUCAUGCAGGAAGCUCAGAGCAACCGUUUGUGUCGCAGGCUGCAGCUCAAAGACAUCAUCCCUGUAGAAAUGCAGAGAGUGACCAAAUACCCGCUCCUGCUGGAUAACAUUGCCAAGUACACAGAGGACAUUGAAGAAAGGAAAAAGGUGAAGAGAGCUGGAGACUGUUGUAAAAAGAUCCUCAACCAUGUCAACCAAGCUGUGAAAGAGGCUGAAAACAAACAGCGGCUCGAGGAGUAUCAGAGAAGGUUAGAAUUCUCGUCUCUGAAACAGAGUGAAAACCCUGUGAUCCUGGAGCUGAAGAAUCUGGACCUCACCAAGAGGAAGAUGGUUCAUGAGGGUCCUCUCUCCUGGAAAGUCAAUAAGGAAAAGACAAUUGAACUGUACACACUCCUCUUGGAGGAUAUCAUGGUCUUGCUGCAGAAACAGGAUGAGCGCCUGGUCCUAAAGUUUCAUGGCAAAAACACGGCCAGUGUCGUCGACACCAAGCACACCUUCAGCCCCAUCAUCAAACUCAACACGGUCUUGGUUCGACCUGUCGCAACUGACAACAAGUCUUUCUUCGUUCUGUCCAUGUCCGAAAACGGGGCUCAGAUCUACGAGCUGACGGCUCAGACGGUGUCCGAUCAGAGAAUGUGGCAACAUCUGAUCACACAGUGUGCGGACGCCAUGAAGGCCAAACCCCACAGGAGGGACACGCCUCCACCUCAGUCUGAUGCGGAGCGGGAUGCUAUUAAUAUCAUCAACAAUGGGAUGCCUAAACUGAGCAAAGAUGAGACACCGAGUGUCCAUUCUGCAGAUAUGAGCACCUCCGAUAAAGAGGCCGCCUCUACUUCAGACAUUCAAGAUCCACCGGAGAGUCUGAACCCCUUCGAUGGGUUGAGAUCAGAAGAUGAAGAAGAGGAGCUGCCGAUGGCAGACAGGCAGGAGGAAGAGGAGCAGAAUGGAGAGGUGGAUGAAGCGGAGCUAGAGGCCUUCCUGGACGGGCAGCUGGCGGAGAGACUGCUGCAGGAAGGUUCGCGGCUUGGCAUUGCCCUUGAAAAUGAAGAAGAGCACAAUGCUUUUGUCAUGCCUUGCUCCAAAGCUGAAGAAGCUCUAAAGACACUGGCGAUGCUGAAGCAGGCAGUCUUCACACACAUGUUAAGCAGAGAAGCAGAGGAGGAAACGGAGGAGAGCAAGCCGAGUGGAGCCCGUGGGAGUCAGUCGAGUCCUUCUUUGCCUGAGAGCCCAGAGGGGCCCUCUGCUACCUGUGAUGAGAGCCGGGUGUCUGAAAGUUUACAGAAAGAAGACCUGCAGCCUCCACCUGAGGCUGCUGAACGUAAUGGUGGCUUUGUGGUCCUGGAUUUCCCCGGCUCUGAGGAAAGCAGCACUGAUGAUGAUGUCGGAGUUGGAAGUGAUGUUGGGAUCGACAUGAGGAAAUUGCUGUCUUCCUCCUCGCAGAUGGGAGGCGGAGGCCCCAACCUCAGUCGGCAGCUCAUGACCCACCUGCGCCUCCUACAGGCCGAUCUGCAGUAUCUUAAGGACAUAGAGCUGAAGUACAACGAACUGCGACAAACGCACGGCGACGCAGCCACAGACUCCGAUGACAACAACGAUGGGAUUCAGUGACGAAAGGCUUCCUGCUCUCUCGGCUGUCAGAGCCAAGUUUCAUGUCGCUGCGUGCUCACCUUCCUCCACCUUUUACCACUAAAGGAUUAAUGUCUGAUCUCCUACUUCAAAGGACCGGGUCAUCGUCGCAGUCUGAGUUACUCCACUAUAAACUCUUUCACAAAGCAGGAGCAGAAGAGACAUAUCACCGAGUUAUUCAUGGACACUUUUUACUAUAAUUAUAAUAAUCACUGACUGCAUAAAUUAUCUGAAACACUGGAUAUAAUGAAUGGAAAAAGGCUAAGCCGACCAUCUGACGUCACAGAUGUUCAGCAGAGAAGAAGUGAGACAUUAUGACUGUGACCAGUACUGAAGGAAGAUUUUCCUCUUCAAAUCUCAGUGUAAAAACCUGCAAUAGAAAAUAACCUCUACAUUAUAGAUAGAGUCGAUAUACAAGUGCUCAAUAAAAUGCCAAAAUGGAAGGCUAAAACACUCAUUCCAACCAUAAAAUUUACCCAGGUGGGAUUUAAUGCUGUUUUUAGCCAAGCUUUGCAUUUAAUGUUAAGCAGGUGACGGUCUGCUUUGGAUCAAAUAUCUAACAAAAACUCUGAAGCUCACAAAUUUACACCCUGUAUAUUUUUUCAAUUACAAGCACAAAUAUAGUAAGGCGGUUUAAUGCUGUGAUUUCUAUACAAAGACUCAUAGACGUGUCAGUUUCAAAUGUGUAUUCCACCGGUGGUUUCUGGAGGUUGCAGAGAGGUAUGUGGUGCUGCAGCAAAAAAAUGCUCCUUGCAAACCCUUUGAUCGCUAGCAGAUUCUAUUGGUUGUCCAUAGCUUGCAUGAAAGAUGUCAACUUAUCUUAAAAAGCAUUCGACAACUACUUGCUUAGCAGUAAAAACCAGAAACUUUAAAGUUGACUUGUGAGUUUUCAAGUUGUUUGCAGACAAAACAGCCUCUUUCGUGCAAACUACAGGCAGCUGUGGCAGUCUGCUAUUGGCCAAAGCAAUCACACCAGUCACUUUGUUCCCCAGUGAUGAGUGGUUGUCUGGGUAUUUUCUAUUUUAAUUUUAAAUUCUAAGACAUUAACAAAUAAGUGGGCUUUAGAGUUUGCGAUAGGUGUUUUUUUCCUCCCUGCUUUUCAGUCUUAGCUAAGCUCAGCUAAGCUAGCACACUUGACAGGUCUGGACUUUACGCACAGUAUAUGAUGCUUGUACUUGCUGCAUUAACACAAUUUCAGGAAGACCAAGAUGAUUCUCAUUAUUCUGAUUUCGGAGCAUCAGAAAAGCUAAAUAUGAAUUUGUUGUAAAUUUGCUUUUAUUGUGUUACAUACUGUAUGUGUAGGUUGUUAACAAGUGACACCAGAUGCAAACGAAACAGUGUGACGUUCCUUUUAGCUCAGUUGAUCAAAUUAGUGCUAAUACUGAACUUUAUGUGGGUUUAACUUUGACUUUGCAGCUGCGAUGCUCUGAGUUUCUGAGAUAAAUUGGAGGAUUUAGAAGUUUUAAUUUCUCACUGACUGUGGGAUACAUUCUAUAGUUAAGAUUUGAUUCAUUAACAUGAACGUCUCAUUUUAAGUAAGAAAAAAAGGAAAAGUGAAAAUCCCAGUUUCUUAUGAUGGCAGGUUGAUUUAGCUUUUUAUCUCAAGAAAACUAAAAGGUAAUUUAUUGAGAUAAUAAGAUGGUCUAUCCCAGAAGCAUUUUGUUUUCCUGUUAUUAUGUGAAGAUUAUAGGAAAACCCAAUAGCUCUUACCUACCUUGACUACUUAUGAAUUGCAGAAUUACUAAAGUGGCAUGUGCUGCUUCAGCUGGGCUAAUCCUAAUAAUUAGAGGACAACAGGGACCUUUUAAGGGAUUUUUUUUAAUGGACUGGCACAGAGUGACCAAGAACAAGGUUUGGUGAAUCCAACUGGAAUCUAAAAAUUCAAUUCAAAUUAAAUACAUUGAGAA